AUGUCUCUAAUGCAAUCAUCUAGUACUUCAGAGCACUCAGUCUGCAACAAUAAAAAAACUGUAUUGAGAGAGUACAUGAUAGUUGUGCUAGGUAGAGAUCCUAUAGCUCCAGAUGUAACCUCGGAGAUAGAAUCAAGAUCAUCUCGGGAUGAUAAGAAAAUUUUACAAAAAAAAAAAAAGUCGACGGCGAAGGGAUCCACACGGAUCGACGGCGACAUCGUCUCAGCCUCCCGUGAUAAAUCCAUCCUCCGACGGCCAAUUUGUCCUCUCCAGAAGCUGGACGGCGAGCUCUGCCUCUGGGACCUGACCGCGGAGUCUCUACUCGCCGACUCAUUGGACACACCAAAGACGUCCUCUCCGACGCCUUCUCCCUCGAAAAUCUGCAAUAGGUUUCCGUCAGUGGGAUUAGCCAACUGCGUCUAUUUGUGGAAUGCUUGUACUAGCAAGGUUACUAAGUUAUGUGAUAUCAGGGACGACGAGAGCGUCUGCUCAGUCAGUUGGACACUACGUGGAACACAUUUGGCGAUUGGAACAAGUAGCGGAACUGUAGAGAUUUGGGAUGCGUUGCGCUGCAGGAGAAUAAGAACGAUGGAAGGUCUUCGACUACGAGUUGGAGCCUUAGCAUGGAGCUCAUCAGUUUUGUCUUCUGGUAGCCGAGACAAGAGCAUACUUCAGAGAGACAUACGGUGUCAAGAAGAUCAUGUCAGUAAACUAACGGGUCACAAAUCCGAAGUAUGUGGACUCAAAUGGUCUUAUGACAACCGCGAGCUUGCAUCAGGCGGAAACGACAAUAAGCUUCUUGUAUGGAACCAACACUCAACACAACCGGUUUUGAGAUACUGUGAACACACAGCAGCGUUUAAAGCCAUUGCGUGGUCUCCUCAUCUCCACGGACUUCUUGCUUCAGGUGGUGGCACUGCUUAUAGAUGUAUCCGUUUCUAG